AUGAAUGGUAUUGGAGAUAAUGUUGGAUCAUUCAAAAGAAUCCCAACUGACGACUCAGGUGCAGGAGGUGCAUUAUUUCACCGUCAAAUGGAGAUGAAGCCAGAACAAGAAGAGAUAGAAGGUCAAGAUGCUCAAGAUGGAGGUGUCAAUGAACCAAGCAAUGAAGGUUUCAAAGAAAGAAGAAGUAUAGAUAAGAGAAGAGAGACUCCUCCCAAUUCCCCUCCAAAAAAUGAAGCUAAUUAUCCAUAUCCAAUAAAAACCAAAAGUGAAGAUGAAGAAAGCUUCUGUUCUUCAGCAAAAGUAGAAGAUUCUCCAGCAACAAAAUAUAAGAAAAGAGCUUGGACAGUUGGGAAGCUUCAAGAGGAGAUAUUUGCAAGGUUUGGUGUAAAUAUCUUCAUGGAUGAAACCCUUAUUCAAUCAUGGUUUAAUCAAAUUUUCCGAAUGAUUGAUGAAGAUUAUGUGCCACAUCUCUCUUAUGCAACUCCAAAUGAAAACACUUACCAGGACAUUACUCUUUCUCCAAAUGGAAAAUUCUUCAAAGUUUUUGAUGAUCUUGAUCAUUCAACUCUUGAGACUAGAAAGAAGACUUCCUCUCUUGUGUAUGUUUCAUAA